AUGGACGACAUCGACUAUGGAGAUGCAAGUAGAUAUGUCAAUGACGCCUCUAUAGAGAUGGCUUGGGCAAUGAAGGCGGCUGAACGAGCAAAUGUACAUAUGAAUCUUAUAAUGUGCUGCGACACGCGAGUAUUGAGGCUCAACAAACUUCAGGACGUUAUUCAUACAUCGUUUAGAAAUACCUUUCCUGAUCUUGAUGUACACAAGGUCACGGAAGUUGAGCUGAAGCAUGGUGGAAUGAAGGAAAAGUGGCACGAUUUCUGUGAAAGUUUCAGAGAGGUCGUCGAAGACUACUCUCUUGGAACACUCAUGCGGAUAGAGGCUUGUAAAGGUUACAGUGAGGAGAACACUGUAGUUGUUCCAAAGAUUAUCUACUUGGCAAUUGAGAUCGCACGAAACGUGGAAGGAAUAAAUGAAAAAUUGAAAGCGGAAUACUCUGAAGACCAUAGGAAGAAUGGUGCUCAGUUAUAG